UUUGGACUUGCUGCUAACAGUAGAUUGGGACUUUAAUAUUUAUGCUCGUACAUUUAGCACAUUUAGCAUAUUUGGGCUCGAUUCUGCCCUUUGUUCCCUUGACAGUUUGAACUUACCCCUGGAUUUCAACCACUUCAAAAUCAAUUAGUGUGUAUUUCACCGUUGGCUGUCCUGGAGAUUUUUUUUUCUCUUCUUCUUUUCUUUUUAACCAGUACACAACACAAUCCAUCACCAGCUCCUUUCUCGACAUCACAUUCCUUUCUAUUAAGCAUGCAGUUCAAGUCCAGCAUUGUGCUUCUUCUAGCUCUGAUGCUGGUAUCAAGCGUCACCGCCCCUCCUCCAGAUUGUCUAAUCCCUAUUUUGUGUCGACCUGAUCCAUCCGAUCCAACCACAUCAGUCGUUACCAACCCCACCACUGACGCUCCACCACCCGCUUCCCCUACUGCCGUUCCCCCUCCAUCUCAAUCUUCAGUCUCGACUGUUCCGACGAACGGAACAAACCCAACGACUACAGCCACUUCUCAGGACCCAAAAAAGACCACGACACUAGCGCCUGGUGGACCAAACACCCAAACCUCACUCACUAAGACUACAACCUCUGCUGUCGCAACUGAAACAAAGUCGGCCGACACCAAGAGCUCUACUAACAGAGAGUUAGCUGCUGCUGGUAUUGUUGUCGGCGCUGUAGUCAUUGCGGCUGCCAUUGGUAUCUGGGUUUUCAGAAAGUGGAAGCUUUCGCCUUCUCGUGACUUUCAGUCCAAGAUCCGUGGUGAUGACUACACAGACUACCCCCGCACUUUUGAACCUGAUACAGUUCAUUUGCGUCCGAUGGACAAUCCUAAAGAACCAGUAGCAGCGAAAUCAGCUUAUAAUGCCAACACUGCUUUCCCUAGCCCCUUAAAUGACCAGUACUACGAUCCCAACUAUGCUGCAUCUAAAGAGCAAGGAGGCUAUGGUCAAGGAGGCUAUGGUCAUCAGGACUAUGGACGUGGAGGCGCGCCAGCCUAUGAUCACGGAUACAGUGAUCGUGGUGCAUACGGACAUGGGGACUAUGCUCCAACGCAUUAUGCACAGCCACAGGCUGGUGGAUACAAUCAAGGUGGAGGAUAUGGUUACCAACAACAGGGUCAAGGCCAUCAUGGAUAUUAAGCAACUUUUUCAUAGUCUUGGCUUGGACUUUAUGCAGUUCAUCUCUAUAUCAUACCCCCUCUCAACAUCAUACCAUUUUUUAUUGUCUUUUUUUUUUUUUUUUUUUUUUUUCCCUC